UACACACGAAAUGAAUAUAUUACGUGAAUUAAAUGCAAAAAUAGCAGUUAUUUUAUUAGUAAUAUGGACCGGAGUGAACGGUGUUGGUGAAAAAGCGCAUGAAGCUUGCAAAGAUUAUGGAAAAACUAUGCUGGAGUGUCAUAAUGUGUACUACCCAACGUCCAGAGUAAGAGUUCCUAUAGAUCUGCUGCUAUACCCUCAUAUGGUGCUGAUAGGAUUUAGGAAACCUGAUAAAGAACAUGAUGAACCUGCUUGGAAGUGUGGAGGAUCACUUAUCAGUGUGGACUGGGUGUUAACUGCUGCCCAUUGUUCAGAAGACCCAACCAAUGGACCGGCAGCAAUUCUCCUAUUAGGAACAGCUACCUUCGAAAUCGAUGAAGCAAAAGAAUUAGAACAAGAAAGAGAAGUAGCGAAGAUCGUCGUCCAUCCUGAUUAUAAACCUCCUUCGAAAUACCAUGAUGUAGCUUUGAUGAAAGCUGGUAAGCCUUUCGUUUUGAACAGGCAUUUGAGGAUCGCCUGUCUACCUAUGAGUGAAGAAAUACCAGACUUGAGUUUGACAGCGAUUGGGUUUGGGACAACGUCAUCGGGAUCAGCUACUGGAAGUCAAACGUUAAUGAAAGUGGAUGUAGAUAUAGUGGAUAACUCCAUUUGUAAUAAGUCAAUGAAAUUUAUGAUUAAAAGGAAGAUCAUAGCUGAUGGUAUCACGGGUAAUCAGUUAUGUGCUGGUGAUUAUUUGAAUGGAGGUAAGGAUACUUGCCAAGGGGAUUCUGGUGGACCUUUGCAGUAUAUGCCGGAUAGAGUGGAUUGUGAGAAGACGUUUCCUCUUCAUACAGUGGUGGGGGUUACUAGUUUUGGAAGGGAUUGUGGGAGGAAAAUGGCUCCAGGGGUGUAUACAAGAGUGUGGAGGUAUAUGGAAUGGAUUGAGGGUAUUGUUUGGCCGUAGGUUGAUAAGAGACCAUUAUGCUGACUGUGCCGAAUAACUGACAGGCCGAUAUAGUCCGGCAAAGCGGUAUCGGUAGUCUGUGGCCCUCUUGUAAAGCCUGAGUGAACAUUCGGAGCGGAGCGUUCGGAGCGGAGCGUUCGGAGCGGAGCGUUCGGAGCGGAGCGUUCGGAGCGGAGCGUUCGGAGCGGAGCGUUCG